CCGGCAUAUCCGGUGUCACCAGUUGACCUGAACGUCGGGUUAUUUCAAACAUCUGCGGACGACCAGAACAAUGACAAGACGUCCUGAGUGUGAUUAGCACACGGCUAAUGACGGCCGUUGUUUCAGUACUUAGCAGCUCAGCAGCCUCCGUUAACUGACGUUAAAUCCCGCCCGCAGCAGACAGAAGAGCCAUGGAGGACGUUAAACGGUUUCUCAGGGAGGCGAAACUUGACUGCUGGACGGCGGCUCUACCGACUGUCGUCGCCGGUGUUGGAGCUCUGCUGGUGCUGGUGCGGACGGUUAGCAGCCACCGGGAGGCGAAGGAGAAGAUCCGGAGAGCCAGAAACCGGAGGACCGAGAGCCUGCAGCAGGCAGAAGAGGCAGUGCUCCGGUACAAGCAGUCGCAUCCAACGACUGACUUGACUCCCAUCCUGAAGCUGUCCCUGUCUGAGUUGACAAAGGAACUGCGUGGAGGCUCACUGAACCCUGAAGAAGCAUUGUACGCUUUCAUGGAAAAGACUCUGGCUGUUCACAAAAAGCUGAACUGCUGCACCGAAAUUUUGCUGGAGAGUCUUGACCAGCUGGAAACUGUUGGUUCCAACAAGGAAGGUCUUUUAUAUGGAGUUCCAGUUAGCAUUAAGGAUAAUUGUGGCUAUAAGGGUCAUGACUCAAGUUGUGGCGUACUCUUGCAUCUGGAACAGCCUGUCCAGGAGGAUGCUGUGCUUGUUCAAGUUCUGAAGAAACAAGGAGCUAUUCCCUUUGUGAAAACCAACGUGCCCCAAGGCCUUUUAUCGUAUGACUGCAGUAACCCUAUGUACGGGCAGACAGUGAACCCCCACAACCUCCAGAAGACCUCUGGAGGUUCAUCCGGUGGGGAGGGGGCUCUCAUUGGGGGAGGAGGCUCCCUGCUUGGUAUUGGCUCUGACAUAGGAGGUAGCAUCCGUAUUCCUGCUUCAUUCUGUGGGAUCUGUGGUUUUAAGCCAACAGCGGGUCGCCUAAGUUUACAGGGUGUGCGUUCAAUUUGUCCAGGGCAAAAGUCAGUGCGGGGAAGUCCUGGACCUAUAGCACGGGAUGUGGAUAGUCUUGCUCUGUGUAUGCAGGCAUUGCUCUGUGAUCACAUGUUUUCCUUGGACCCCACUGUUCCACCGUUACCUUUUAAUAUGCAGAUUUACCAGAGCAGUAAGCCUCUGAGGAUUGGUUACCUAGAAUGCGAUGGCUUCCAGCAACCAUCUCCAAGCAUGGUCCGCAGCGUCAGAGAAGUCAAAGCUCUGCUGGAGCAAGCAGGGCACACUUUUGUGCCUUUUCAACCUCUGAGGAUAAAAGAAGCUCUCUAUGAUCUCAUUGUAAAAGGUAUAUUUGCAGAUGGAGCUACCACCCUGAAACAAAACCUGGCAGGGGGCCCUACAGAUCCUACUAUCAAACACCAGAUUUUUCCCUACAAUCUCCCUCUCUGGUUGAAAAGAAUCCUGUCAUUCCUCCUCAAGCCCUGGUUUCCUCGUACUUCUAUCUCCUUGAGAGCUCUCUGUGGAGUUGGAUCUGUUCCAAAGCUGUGGAAGCAGCAUGCUGCUGUUGAGGACUACAUUAAAGACACAAUUGCACAUUGGAGGAGAUGCAACAUAGAUGUGCUGCUGUGUCCUGUGAUCGCACCAGCCUACAACUUAUUGUACUGUGCCAAAAAUUCCACUAUUCUAAGUUACACAAUGCUUUACAAUCUCCUGAACUUUCCUGCUGGAGUAGUUCCUGUUACCACGGUGACAAAAGAAGAUGAGGAGGAGCUCAAGCAUUAUGAGGGCAUUUAUCAGGAUGUGUAUGACAAACUCUUCAAAGAAGCGGUGACUGGAGGCGAGGGUCUGCCGGUGGCGGUGCAGUGUGUUGCCCUGCCGUGGCAGGAGGAGCUCUGUCUGCGCUUCAUGAAGGAGGUGGAACAACUGGUCAAACAGAGCAGAAAGUAAAGCUGCUGACUGUCCCUAACCCACAGGUGGAAAUUAAAAUCAAACUCAAGAGGCCUCAGGUUAACCUAGAUUGCAGGCAUUGUUCCUUGUUGCUGAUACUCAGAUUUUGUUCUUGUCCAUGCGUUUUAACUCAUUCACUGAUGAACUUUGUAAAAUUUGAAUUCACUCAAUAUGUAUCUGAAACCAAAAACCAUGAAUUUAGUAAACAUUUUUGGAUGGCUUCUUGACUGGCUAUAAUGCUACUGUGGUCAUUUGUUAACUCAAGAUUCAUUUAGAUUUGCCUGUGACACUAUUUGGGGCUCUUUACACCUGUCAUUUGGGGACAGGAUUCGGGUGGGUAAGCGCUACAACCUUGUUCCAUUUUUGUACCAAAUUAUUUCCAUGGUGUCCAAGGUAUGGAGCUCAGGUCCUCCAUUUUACAUACCAUUUCCUUUCACUUUCUUCGUUUUUCCCCUGCUCCCCUUCAAUCAAUCCAUAUUAUUCAUCUGUAAUUUAGUCCAUAAUUGUCACGUCUGGAUUUAAACUUAUUACUUGGAACGUUCAAGGGAUUGGUCAUGUGAUAAAAAGGAAAAAGAUUCUGACAUUUGAAAAAACUGAAAUCUGACAGCAUUACUUCAAGAAACUAGGUUAUCUGAUACAGAACACCUAAAACUUAGGAGAGAUUGGGUAGGUCAAGUUUAUUUUUCCUCUUUUUCAAAAAAUACAUGGGUUACAGCAAUCCUUAUACACAAAAAAUCUCCCUUUUGCUUUGGAACAUGAGGAAAAAGACCCAGACAGCAGUUACAUUUUGAUCACAGGUUCAAUUCUUAAUCAACACGUUACGAUUUGUGACGUGUACGCCCCCAACUGUGACACACAACUUUAUAUCACAUAUUAUCUUCAUGUUUAACCAUCACCGUAUAGGCCUUGGUAUGUUGGCUGGGGAUUUUAACUGUAUCCAAAUGCUUCCCUAGACAGGUCGUCCUCCACCAACAUAUUGCACCCACAAUCAUCCAAACUUCUCAACAAUUUGUGUGUGGACGUUGGGUUAAUAGAUGUGUGGCAUGAGAUGAAUCCAAAAGUGAGAGACUAUGCAUCUAAUGGCAUCCCCACAACUCAUAUUCUAGAUUUGACUUUUUUUUUUAUUCGUAAAAAGUUUUUACACUCUGUCCAAACCUGUCUAAUAAUAAUAAUGAUCAUAAAAUUUAUAAAGCGC